AUGACGUGUAGCGUGAUUCGCCCGCUGAAAGAUGGUGCCCCUCAUGCCGGGGCCGCCCUGUCUCGCCCCGGAAGUCAAUCAUCCAUUUUUUCGGCGGUUAUCAAUCUGCCCGUCAACCCCCCAAUUUCACCCCCCUCCCCCCUCCCCCCACCCCAUCCCCACCCUCACCGCCGCGCUGACCCCAAGCUCCCUCACCGCUAUGGAAGUAACGCUCCCGCCGCUGUACGGCUUGGCCGUGCUGGAAGUCGUCCUCUACGCAAUGCUGUUGGGGUGGAUGGGCUCGAGGGUGAUGCACGCGCGCAAAAAGUACGGUGUGCCGCUACCCGCGGCCUACGAAAACAAGCCGGACUCGGUGUUCAACCGCUACCAGCGCGCCCACCAGAACUCGAUCGAGGGCGCCGCCACCUUCUACAUCACCCUCCUCGUGUCGGCCAUCGCCACCCCCGUCUUGUCGGCCGUGGCAGGCCUCGCCUUCAUCGUCGGCAGGUACUUGUACUGCACCGGGUACUACAACAGCCUGGACGGGAGGAAGAGGGGAUUUAUGUGGGGUAAGUACAGCACCGUGGUUUCUGUGGUUGUUGCCCGGGUCGGAGGAAGGGUAUGGUGCACUGUAUGAGUGUUACUGACAGCUGCGUGUUUUUUUCUUGUUCCUAUCUCGACGCGCUUGCGCAGUUAUUGGCCAGAUGUAUCUGUUCGCUGGCUGCGUCUUUCUAGCCGUUUCGCUGCUACGUUCAUAAGCCAGUCUUCUACACCUACAUGUGCGAGUAUUCGCACAGCUAGUCUCCACCCGGGCCGUUCCAUUGCCCGCGUGCGAAAGCACGAAAUGGGAUCUGUCCCGGCGCGUCAUUCGGCCUUCUGUUUCUUUUCGAAGCAGCCAUAAACGAUCUCAUGGAAA